AUGUCUCCGAAGACUAACAGGGGGAGUGAAGAAACUGACUCUGGGUCAGAUUCAGAUAGUGGAUCCAGUGGCAGCCGUAGUAAAAGUGGCAGUCCUGCACCAUCUGGGAAAGAAGGUAGUAGGUCUAGGUCAGCAUCUCGAGGUUCUGUGAAAUCAGCAAGCCAGUCACCAAAAUCUAACCACUCUGCUCGAUCAAGGAAAUCAUCUGUAGCUUCAAAUGCUUCUAGAAGUAAAUCAAAUUCACCUGUAGGAUCAAAUAGAUCGGGAUCUGUUCAAAGCAACAAAUCUGGUUCUUCAAGUCCUAAGUCUCAAGCAUCUGGCAGUCCUAAUAGGGCUUCAAAAUCAAGGUCAAGAUCGAGAAGUGGAUCUGUUAGUGGAAGGUCUAGAUCGGGAAGCCCGAAAUCUGGUCCUCAGACACCAAAGUCACGAUCACAGAGCCCUAAGUCUGGCUCAGGGAGUCCAAAGUCAAGAUCCCAAAGUCCAAAGUCUCGAUCUCAAUCCAAGUCACCGGCACCUAAGGCUAAAAGUGGAUCUCGGUCAGCGAGUGAAAGCCCUCAGCGGAAGUCAAGGUCUAGGUCAGGCAGUGCUUCAUCAAGGUCUAAAAGUGUUGGCAAAGAUGACAGUCGGUCAAAUUCACCAAAUCUCAUGAUAGAUGACCAGGAGGAGAAAGAAAAAUCUAAGUCCAAGAGCAGAUCUAGGUCAGGUUCAAGACAAUCGAAAUCUCAUUCAAGAAGUAAAUCCAAAAGCAGAUCGAGAUCACAUUCAAAAAGCUCAAAUGCUUCUGAUGCAGCUGAGAAAAAGAAACGUGCAGUAUUAUCAGACUCUGAGAGUGAUGAAGAAAAAAGUAGUAAGAGGAAGAAAGAUUCUGACAGUGGUUCAGAGACAAGUGGUAAACCUAAGAAGAAAGUCAAAAGGCUUGAUUCAGAUGAUGAAAAUCAGGAAAAGGCUGAUGGGGAUGGCGUAACGGCCGACGCUCUUUUUGGUGAUGCAUCUGACAUAAGUUCGGAUGAAGACAAAGGUAAGCGAUCUGACAGAUCCCGCUCGAGGUCCAGAAGUCGGAGCCGAAGCAGAGAUAAAUCUGAUGAUGGGAGACGGUCUGAUGAUGAUAAAAGGAGUGGAGAUGAGGAAAACCGCGGAAAACCGGAAGAAGAAGAGGAAGUAGAGAUCCCAGAGACCCGUAUUGACGUGGAUAUGCCCAAAAUAUGGACUGAGUUGGGCAAAGAGCUGCAUUUUGUGAAAUUGCCCAACUUCUUGUCAGUUGAGACGCGGCCUUAUGAUCCUGCUACGUAUGAAGACGAAAUUGAUGAAGAGGAGACACUGGAUGAAGAAGGUCGAGCCAGACUAAAGCUUAAAGUAGAAAAUACAAUUCGUUGGCGAACAGUGUUUGACAAAGAAGGCAACGCGGUGAAGGAAUCGAACGCGCGAAUGGUGAAGUGGUCGGACGGAAGUAUGUCUUUGCACCUCGGUUCUGAGAUAUUCGACGUUUAUAAACAGCCUUUGCAUGGCGAUCACAACCAUCUAUUCGUUCGUCAAGGUACCGGUCUCCAAGGACAAGCGGUGUUCCGAACGAAACUUUCAUUUAGGCCCCACUCAACCGAUUCCUUCACUCACCGAAAGAUGACGCUCUCAGCCGCAGAUCGUUCGACUAAAACCUCUGCUAUUAAGAUCCUGUCGCAAGUCGGAUCAGACCCUGAUGCUGAUAGGAAAUAUCAACUUAAGAAAGAAGAAAUGGAGCUCCGCGCAGCGAUGCGUUCCCGCGCUUCUACAAGACCCAAGCGACGGUCAGGCGGUGGUGGAACUGCUGCGAGAGCCAAUAGGGAUGACUCUGAAGACGAAGGCGGAGUGUCUCUGGCCGCUAUCAAGAAUAAAUACAAGCAGGGAGCUAAAGGUCAAGCCUCAGCUAUAUAUUCAUCGGAAUCAGAUGGUUCUGAUAUGGAAACGCGCCGUGCUCGAAGACUCGAUCGGGCGAAGGCUCUCAAGGACUCGGAUGAUGAAGGAAGUGACGCAGAUGCAAAUACCCAGAAGAGCCAUAGUGCUUCUAAUUCUGGGAGUGGGAGCGAGUGA